AAUUAGCAAAGAGAUCCAGAAAGAGAGUCAUUUCUGGCUCUACCUUCUUUUUUGGACUAUUCACAACUCUUUAAUGCUGCUGUCUGCAGCAGACAGAACAUGUAAAUGGCCUGAUCAGCACCUUCCUAGUCUUCAGGGCAUCUUCACGCUGCUCAUCCGUUCACAGACACUAACUAAUCGCUCACACACCGAAGGCACAGCCCUCGGGAACAAUUUGGGCUUCCGUGUCUUGUCCAAGGACACUUGGACUGGGGGACGACCCGCUCCAUCACUAAACCGCAGUAAGUCCAGUAAGUCUUAUCGAAUGAUCGUCUGUUUUCCUAAGAGAUGACCAGGGAUUUACCGUUGAGGAAAACUGAUGCUUAGCUCUAUGACUGGAAUGUGAUGAUAAUACUUUUUUUUUUUGGACAAUGUACAUAAAUUGGGUCGCUGGUCUGUGCUCCUCCUCUCUCUUCUCCCCUUCCAUCUGCGUGAAUGGAGAGAUGAGGUCACUCCAGACUGAGGAAUUUGAUGUAGGCGGUUGGCUACAGCCCCACUGUUCAACUGCAAAUAUAAGACACUGCAUGUACCACCGGUAAACAGCUUUUUCCGGGACCAGCCAGUUUCCAGACACGUUGACAGAGAGCAGACCUGGCGCCAUGGCACAGAAACUGAUGAGACACACUCUGCCAGCUGAAGCGGCCUGCGGGGAUGCAAUGAUAGAUAUGGGCCCGGACAAUUCUGUGCUCAUCCUCAUCAAACACUGCCGGGACAUGAAGCAACAGGAGACGCGCCUCAGACUCUUCACUCUGCUGCUGUUGCUCAGUUGUACAGCACUGUUCAUUUGUGCCAUCGGUACUGAUUUAAGGCAUAAUGAAACUUCUGGAUCCAGUGGACAAGGCACCCCAGUUGAGCAAAGUUCAGCCUACUCCAAGCAAGAGAGAGUGUGCCCUGCAGAUAAUCCUCAAACGAACCUCCAAAGACUGCGCAUUCAUCUCAGGUCCGUGCCUGCAGACAACACGAGUGAUGGAUUAUACAUCAAAUGGAAUGUCAUGUUCGGUGAAAAAUACAACAAAGAGAAACAUGCCAUUGUGAUUCCUGUGACGGGCUUCUAUUUUGUCUAUGUGAGGAUUACUUUAAGCUGCCAUGAUGGAGAUUCAAACUUCAAGAGGUUCUAUGUAGAGCUGCACAACUGGAACGAAGGUUACAACAAGACUGUAUGCUUGACGGAGGCCUGGGAUGGUAUAACGUGCACUUCAGAAUGGUCCAGGAGUGUGUUUGUAGGGCAGCUUUUUGAUUUGUUGGAAGGAGAUCAUGUGAGGGUGUGGAUCGGAGAGGGCUACAGACUGAUCACAAAAUCAUCAUUUGGUGCUUAUCUCGUAUAGAGAAUAUGCCUUGAUGAGAAUAAGCCUUUUUUGUGUGUGCUCAUUGUCUCAGUCUUAAUAAUGUAAGUUUAAAACAUUUUUUAAUUAAAAAAUCAAUUUGGGAGUAUUUAUCACAGGAAGUGUAUUAGUAAAAUGUUGUUCCACCACAAGUCUCUGGAACAGCUUCAGUGCUCCUUGGCAUAGAGAGGGAUGAACACCAAUCUUCCAAAAGAUAUUCAUUUGGUGUUUUGAAGGUGGCGGUGGGUCUCCCAUGGGUGUUCAUCUGGGUUGAAAUCUGGAGACUGAGAAGGCCCUAGCAUAUAAUUCCAAUCAGUUUCAUCAGCAUGAGUUAAUGGGUGUCGAAACAUCUCCACUUAUUUCUUCAGUAUUUUCCUUUCAUUUGUCACUGGUCUGAAUAUAUAAAGUAUAUAAAUGCACUUGAGUUUUGUUUUCAUGAGUAAUAUUUUACUGAGACAACAUUGCCUCAAGUGUAUUCAAGUAAAACAUUUCCAUUGUCUUUGAAGCUUUGAGUUAGCUUGUUUCAGCCAUGGGCACGCUCAACUGAGAACUGUCAAAGAUUUUGGAUGAAAUGCCAGAAAUAUAGUCUGUGAAAACACGAUUAAGGUUGUUCCUUUGUUUUUUUUUGAUAAAUCAUCCAUUUGUGAAUCUUAAAGUAUUUUAUUUGCAAACUUUUAAAGACUAAAAAUUAGAAAGCAUUGAGUAUUUCUAAACAGAAUAGUUCACAUCCCUCUCUGUCAACAGAAACUAAUCAAUGUCAGGGUCUGUGGACUAUGUGGAGUAACUGGGACAGAGUUUUUCCACAUGUAAUUUCUCACUGCUUUAAGCAGCGCAAAGAAAAUUCUAUUCACCAGAUGUAGCUCAUUUUUGGCAUCGAUUCAAAACCACGUUAAAAAACAUGCUAACAUUAUAAGGGCACUUCAGCCAGUAAUCCAUGGCAGAGCUAAUUUUAAAGACAAAAAGUUAGUCAAGAAUGUAAGGAAACUGUGUACACUGUGUGUACUCAGGGAUUUAUCUAUUUGUGUAAAGUUUAUUAUUUUGGGCUUUUUGCCUUUAUUUGCGUGCGCUCUACCAGGUGAGCUACUGGGGCGCCCCACUCAGGGAUUAUGUUAUAAAUUAUGAAGCACUAACUAAUAUUAAGAAUUUUGAAUGAAUGUACAAAAAAUAUUUAAAGUUAAGCUGUGAUAUUCUAAUGGUUUGUUUUGUGCAUUCUCAUGGGUGCAAGUAUUAGUUAUUAUAAUGAUUUGAUUGUAUAAAUGUGGCAUUCAGUUUAUUUUACUUUUAUGAUUUUUAACUCUACUGGACUCAUUGGAUUAUUUUUAUUGGUCUUGUUACAUUGGAUUUUACUACAUCAGUAUUUCACUAUUCAUUCAUUCACAUUCAUUAUAAUACUACUGCGGCUGCUGAAUCAGUGACAUCUUUUAAAUCACUUCUCAAAACGUAUCUUUUCAAAAAAACCUUUUAUUAAUUCUAGUACUCUGUUGUAUAGCCAACAUAUCAUAUCUGUUUCAUUAUUAGUAAUUGUCUUUAUUGUUGGGGGUUUUAUUUUAUUUUAUUUUGUUGUAUUAAUGUAUUUUUAAAUGCCUGAUUGUAUUUGUCUCAGUCCUGAAAUGUUUUAACCCUGAUUCAACCAUGUAAAGCACUUUGUAACUUUGAUUUUGAAAAGUGCUCUAUAAAUAAAGUUUUUUAUUAUUAUUACUGUUGCAUUACAGUCCCAUUGUUGUAAUAUGUAUUUAAAUUAACUGUAGCAACUUUAUGUUCAAUUGCCCUCUUUUUUUAACAUAUGGAUUGUAUCAAACCCCCGCCUGCGAGUUACCAGGCUCAACAAACUGGCAGUGGUGUCAGAGAGGAGGAUGCUGGCCAAACUACAUGCCAUCUUCAAUAGUGUCUCCCACCCGCUCCAUGACGUGCUAGUCAAACAAAGGAGUACCUUCAGCAGAAGAUUCAUCCCCCCAAAAUGCACCACAGAGGGUCACAGGAAGUCAUUCCUGCCUAUGGCCAUCAAACUCUUUAACUCCU